AUGGCAGGAAGGAUCAAAUUAGACGGUUGUGGCUACGAUGUCACAACUUCUUCUCAACUCUGCAUUUCAACCAUCAAUUCCUAUUAUCAACAGGUUCUCAGCUACGGUAGAGAGAGGCGUGUGAUUAUGGAAUCAGUAACCCAUGAUAACUACUGUGUGUUAGCCAACACCUUAGCAGCUCAUUUUAUCUACUCCUCUGAUUCUUCUCGUGCUACCUCUUUACUUCACACCGCUGAGUCGCAUCUUGAACAUGCAACGUUGUACGAAAAACUAGUUUUCGAUGCCGUUAGUUAUUUGAUGUCCGGAGAUAGAGAUGAUGAUGUAGCUGUUGAGUUGCAUUCUAAGCUUUUAAAGGAGUUCCCAAGAGAUUUGGUUUCUCUAAAGAGAGCACAGGUCUUGUGCUUCUACAUGGGUCGGCCUGAUCUUUCUUUAUCCCUUGUUAAUCAGGUUCUACCUCAAAACGAAGGAGAAAGUUACAUAUAUGGCAUGCUUGCUUUUCCAUUAUUAGAGCUUGUACGAAUGAAAGACGCCGAGGUAGCUGCCAAAAGAGGAUUCGAAAUCAACAACCAAGACGGCUGGUCACAACAUGCUUUAUGUCAUGUUCUUCAGUACGAGUGUCGUUUUAGAGAAGCUGUUAAGUUCAUGGAAGAAUGUUCAUCAUCAUGGAGUUCUUACUCAUCCUUUAUGUUGACACACAAUUGGUGGCAUGUAGCACUUUGUUACUUAGAAGGCAAUGCUCCAAUGCAAAGCGUGCUCGAGGUAUAUGACAAUUAUAUAUGGAAGGAGUUAGACAAAACCGAUGCAGCGGCUCCUGAGGUUUACUUAAAUGCUGUGGCUCUGUUUCUGCGGAUUUGUGUACGUGAUGAAUUGGACUUUUUUGGUGAUAGGCUCGAGAAGCUUGCAGAUUGCCUAGCCAUUCAAGCAAACUGGUAUUUAGAGUGGCACCUUGAUGUAUUGACAGUUUGGGCUUUGGCAAAGACUGGACAAAUUGCUAAAUCAGAAGAUCUUCUUAAGGGCUUAAAAGACAGGAUUUUGAGGAUGACUAAAAAGAAGCAACAAAUAAUGCAGAAAGGAAUGAUGCUUGCAGAAGCACUCUUUGCAUAUGGAAGAGGUGACUACAGACAUGGACUGGAAGUACUUGGUCCUGAUUUUGAUGCCAAUGAUUGCAAGAUAAUUGGUGCAUCUGAUGAACAAGUUGAUGUAUUCAACGAAGUUUGGUACAUCAUGUUGCUGAACAGCGGAGACGCAAUGAAGGCAAUCGAAGUAAUAGAGAAGCAAAUCAAGAAGAGAGGCGGCACUGCUUUCUUAUGGCGUUUGCUGGAGAGAGGAUAUGAACUGGCAAAGAGACCAGAAGCUGAAAUUGCAAACGAGAAAGCCAAAGUUUUUGAAAGUGCUUAUUUUAAUUAA